UUGUUUUCUCACUCUUCGUGUCUAACCUCUCCAUCCCGCUGGGCAUGGUGGCGGGAGGGCACAUUGUAGAGUCACUUGAGUCCUGUGCCUGGUUUAACACCAGGGGUGCAGCAUUGUCAUUGGGAUUGCGCCUAUCCUGCACUAUCUCAGAGCCAGACAGGGAGACACUUUGACCCUCAGAGUCAGCAGCAGCGCUGGGGAAACUCCCUCCAAGUUUGUUUAAAUUUUUGGAUUAACGAGCACCAAGAACUGGAGAAAAUGAAAGUGAAAAUAAAAGUGAAAUAGAGCCCGAGAGAGACUGAGAGAAAGACAGAGAGAGAGAGACUGACGGAGAGAACAGAGAGAGAGAUCCUAAUCUAAAGGUUCUGAUUGUGUGACCAGUGCCUCCAGUGUGUCCCACAGUGCCUCCAGUGUGUCCCACAGUGCAGCUGAGAACGAUGAUGGUGGUGGAGGAUAAGGAGACAGUUUUCUGCAGCAACUGUAAGAAGGAUGUGGCCGCCUCGAAUUAUCCCAUUCACGAGAUUCACUGCAAGCGAUUCAUCCAGCUGUGUCCACUCUGCAAUGAAGCAGUGCCGACAGCAGAGUUACAGGAGCACAGAGAGAGAGAGCACAGACAGGUUCAAUGCUCCCAGUGUCACAAAAAAUUGGAACACUGCAAACUGAAGACUCAUGAGGAUGAAGAAUGCACCGAGCGACUGCUGAGAUGCCGCUUCUGUGAUCUGGAGACUCCAUGUCGCACUUUACCUGAGCAUGAAGAGGCAUGUGGGAGUCGGACUAAUCGCUGCCCAGACUGCAGCAAGUACAUCAUGUACAGAGACCAGGAAUCACAUGAGCAAAGUUGCCCGAGUGUGCAGAACGCAGGACAGGUUUCUGCCUCUCUGACGGGGGAAACCUCCAAAAUUCCAUGCGAGUUCUGCAGAAAGAUGUUUCCUAAAGAUAAGAUCCUACAUCACCAGGAUGGAUGCCAGCCUCUCUCAGGGUUGGUGGAAAGGUUUCGAGCUUCCCUAUGCCAAGACCCUCCACCCUACACCCCCUCUACCUCCUACUCCCACCUCCCCUCUACCUCCUACUCCCACCUCCCCUCUACCUCCUACUCCCACCUCCCCUCUACCUCCUACUCCCACCUCCCCUCUACCUCCUACUCCCACCUCCCCUCUACCUCCUACUCCCACCUCCCCUCUACCUCCUACUCCCACCUUUUUGAUCCCCCUUUCUUUAGCCCCUUGCCCCCUCACCAGCUGGGUGCUCUUCCCCUCUCCUCACCAGGAAGCACCACCUUUGGCGAGAGUGAAGAUUUGGAUGAAAUUGGUUGCUGUCAGAUCUGUGACUGUGCUCUCCCGUUGGAGCUCCUUAAACAACAUGAGAAAAAGUGUCGAUUUUUUGAUCAACAGCGGAAGAAAGGAAUGAGACAAAAACCGAUUAACGAAAGCGACCUCCUUUAAGGGUUACGAUGUGGAACUACGCCGAACACUAUCAGAACUACUCACCAAUUGUAGAACGUGGAAAAACAUUUGUACAAUGCAAAAAAAAGAUGAUGGAAGGUCUAAUGUUCCAUAUUUAAAACCGUAGCUGCAACAUUAGUGAAACUUUUCAUUAUUGAAAGAUGAAGUUGCAGUUGUUAAUUUUGUCCAGAGUGAUUCUAACUCUGUUGCUACUGAAUAGAUUCUGAUCACAAUGUUUUGCAUUCCAAUGCUCCCCUGGUCUGCCUCCCAGCCUCCAUUAACUUCAGCUCAUCUGAAACUCUGCUGCCCCCACCCUAACUCACACUGAGUCUCAUUCACCCGUGACACUCUGCUCACUGACAUACAUUGGCCCCUGGUCUAGCCGCAACUUAAUUUAAAAAUUCUCAACCUCGUGUUCAAAUCCCUCUAUGACACUUCCUACCUUGUAAUCUCCUUCAGCCCCAAGACCCCUCCCCAAGAUCUCAGCGUUCCUCCAAUUCUGGCCUCUCGCAUAUCCCCCACCUUCCUCGCUUUCCUACUGGUAGCUGUGCCUUCAGCUGCCUGGGCCCCAAGCUCUGGAAUUCCCUCCCAAAACCGCUCCACCUCUCUCUCCUCCUUUAAGAUGCUCUUUAAACCUGCUGCUUUGACCAAGCUUUGAUUGUCUGUCCUAAUCUCACCUUGUGUGUCUCAGCAUCACAUUUUAUUUGAUGUUGCUAUGAAGCGCCUUGGGACUUUUCUUCUAUGAUAAAAAUGCUAUAUAAAUACAAGUUGUUGUUUGCCAUUGGACUGACUGAUGUAAGGGGCACUGAAUAAUGGAAAUCUUGAAAUGAAUGUGAAUACUUCCUGCUCUUCCCUAAUCGUUUUAACUGAAGGAUAGACAGGGAUUUGAAUGCCUUUACAAAUUGCAGUGAAGGUAAUGGGGGGAGAAAAGUCAAGAGAAGUCAGACACUUGCCUGGGAUGUAGUAGGUCCAACUGGCGAAUAAUUCUCACCCGAUCUAUAACAUUUCUGGAACUUAAUAUAAUGUGUGAAAAUGUAACCUGUUGAUUGGGCGAAAGUGUUCUUGUGUCUAAGGGACAGUUAGUUUGUUCAGAUAUCUUUGUCAUCUACUUGAUUCCACUUUCUUCAAAGGGGAAAUUAAAUGCGAGCCCAACUUGAAUCCAGCCAUUUCCUGCCAACUGAGGUGGGUUAAAAUGGUGGGGUGGGGACGGGGUUGGUUUUGGAGUGAUUAUGGCAUAAAAGGAGACUCUGUGUCAGAAGAUCAUUGCUGCUUUCAGUGUACCAUUUUUCAUCACUUGUAAUGAGUAAUCCUAAAUUCAAGAGAGGGAGAAAGCUCCAAAUAAAACAGUUCCAGUCCCAUGAUCACUGAAGGAUUUAGAAAGAAUUGAAAAUAGAAGGAAGCUACAAGGAAGUGGAAAUCUGUCCAUGUAGAAUUCAUCGUGUCCUUUGUGUCCUUAGAUCACUAAGAUUUUUUUUCUCUGAAGAAAGAAAUUCAAUCACACCAGGCUAGGACUUUAAGGGAUCUUUAAUAGACAUAAUUUCCUACAUGGAUGAAAAUAUUGUUGGCUGCAUACCUUAUCCUGUGUAUUUUUUAAAGCUAAAUAAAUACAAAUCGUGAUUUUAGCCUGAA